AUGAGUGUGGUGACGAAAUUCUACCAGCACACCCUUGCUUUGGCAUUUGCUAUAAAAGAGAUAAAUGACAGCCCCAAGAUCUUGCCCAAUCUCACCCUUGGAUUCCACAUCUAUGACAGUUAUUACGAUGCAAGGAUGACCUAUCGGACAACUCUGGACCUACUUUUCAAAUCACAUAGAUUUGUCCCCAACUACAAAUGUGACAUUCAAAAAAACCUUAUAGCCAUCAUUGGGGGACUUAGCUUUGAUACCUCCCUCUCUAUGGCUGACACCAUAGGCCUCUACAAGAUACCACAGCUCACAUAUGGGUCAUUUCCUCCAGGGGAGAGUGAUGCAGACCAGUUCCUUUCCUUUUACCACUUGGUUCCCAAUAACAGCCAUCAGUCUAUUGGGAUCAUCAGCUUAUUAAAGCAUUUUGGAUGGAAAUGGAUUGGACUUUUUGUUUUGGAAGGUGACGGUGGAGAAAAUUUCUUGCAGACUCUGGAACCAUUGCUUUCUAGGCAUGGAAUCUGUUCAUCCUUCAUACAAAAAAUACCACAUGUAGCCAAUGUAGAUAAGCUGAGUGAAACACUUGAUGUGCUCUUGGAUAUUUAUCUCUCUUUAACAGAUGAUAAAGUCAGUGCAUGUAUAAUCUUUGGAGAAUCUUUAACCCUUAUAUGGAUGGGAGCUGUACUGGUUCUAGGAGAUUCUGAAAAGAAGGGAAGCUCAUCAUUUAGAAAGCUCCACCCUUUUCUUCUUGACAUUGCAUUUAACAACUCUGCUGGAGAAACAGUGAGUUUCAAUGGUAAAAAGCAAACUGGAGGUGCACUUGACAUCAUGAACAUAGUCACAUUCCCAAACAAGUCCUUCCUUCGAGUGAAAGUUGGUGAAGUGGACAAUGAUGCUCUUGAAGCAAGAAGAAUCAUCAUUCAUGAGGACAAGAUUACAUGGCACAAGGGUUUUAACCAGGUGGUGCCUAUUUCUGCGUGUAAUGACUGCUGCUCCCCUGGUCAUCAGAAGAAAAGGAAGGAAGGGGAGAAAUUUUGCUGCUAUGAUUGUGCUCCAUGUCCAGAAGGGAAGAUUUCAGACCAGAAUGAUAUGGAUGACUGUUUCAGAUGCCCAGAAGACCAAUAUGGAAACAGGAACAAAGAUGGAUGCAUCUCCAAAACAAUGAGCUUUCUUUCUUAUGAAGAACCCUUAGGGAUCAGCUUAGCCUCAAUUGCUAUUUGUUUCUCCAUUGUCACAACUUUAGUGUUUUUAGCUUUUGUGAAGCACAGAGAUACACCCAUUGUCAAAGCCAACAACCGAGAUCUCACCUACACUCUCCUCAUCUCUCUACUGCUCUGCUUUCAAUCUUCUUUGCUAUUCCUUGGCAAACCAGGGGAAAUGGCCUGCUUCCUCAGACAACCUACUUUUGGCAUCAUCUUCUCCAUGGCUGUUUCUUGUGUGCUGGCCAAAACCAUUACCGUAGUUGUAGCUUUCAUGGCCACCAAACCAGGGUCCAGCCUGAGGAAGUGGGUGGGGAAAAGACUAGCCAACUCCAUUGUCAUUUCCUGCUCUUUGAUUCAAGCAAGUCUGUGUACUCUCUGGUUGGCAACUUCUCCCCCAUUCCCAGAUUUAGACAUGCACUCACUAAUGGAAGAAAUCACUGUGCAAUGUAAUGAAGGGUCCGUGACCUUGUUUUCCUGUGUCCUGGGCUACAUGGGCCUCCUGGCUUUCUUCAGCUUCCUCUCAGCAUUCCUGGCCCGCAAAUUACCUGACACUUUCAAUGAAGCCAAGUUCAUUACCUUCAGCAUGUUGCUCUUUUGCAGUGUUUGGUUGUGUUUUGUCCCAACCUACCUGAGCACCAAAGGGAAGUACAUGGUGAUGGUGGAGAUCUUCUCCAUCUUGGCCUCCAGUGCUGGCUUACUGGGCUGCAUCUUUGCCCCAAAAUGCUAUAUUAUCAUGCUGAGGCCAGAGCUGAACAACAGAGAGCAACUAAUAAGAAUAAAGAAUUAA